UGUUGCUACGAAAAUGAAACUUAUAACGUUAAAAGCAAAGUCUUAUUUCUAAUCUGACGAUGAGUGAGAUAGGCAUUCGUGAAAGUAAUCUCAUGGAUAGUUUGAUGACAUCGACCGGUCGCGUUCUUUUUGCUCCACCUGCGCGCAGCUUCUCAGUCUGACUCCUAAAUGCCGCGCCGCACGCGCCUCGAACGCGUCCGUUGAAAUCCGCGCGAAAAUGAAAUCGAGUUUCUAAAUUCAAACAUUCAUCCUAAAUUUAAUUUUUUUAAAUUUAUUGCCAGUGUCUAGUUUGUUUUAUCUGUUAGUUUUUAAUUUUUAAUUUUAAAAGUAAAGUGUAAAAAUGAAGUUUCUCUUUGGUCAUAAUAUUCCCAGUGUUGUUUUGAUGUCGCUGGUUUUACUGGCUAAUGCUCAAAGAUCUUCAAAUAACGUGCACAGAGACCUGGAUUUCGAAGAGCUAUCGCGUCAGAACAAGAUCACGAAGCAGAUCCUCGAAGCGUUUAUUCAGAAGAAGUUGGGGCUGGCGCGGCACAACGUCAGGGCGCCGUCUAUACGAGAUAUUCUGCCGGUGCCGAAGCAGCCUGAAGCGAGGCCUAUUAGGGAAUUGGGGCACGAAGGAGAUGUGCUGCAGGACAACCAGGACUUGCCUGAGGAUGAUAACUUGCAGAGCGUUGAGAGCGAACAGAUUGACUCCAUCUAUCCUGACGAAGAAUGUUCGAGCUGCAGCGACGAUGAGCUCGGAGUGACGCGGUGGACCAUGCCGCUGCUCAAAACGGGAGAGAAGAGAUACUAUUUGGGAAUAUUCUUCAAGGCGAACUGGUUUAAGGCGCAGCAGUACUGCCGGUUCCACGGCAUGCACCUCGCCUCCAUCGCCUCGCAGCAGGAGAACGACCAGCUCGAGAAAUACGUUAAGGACUCAGGUUACGGCCGCGAGCAUUUCUGGACGUCGGGCACAGACUUGGCCGAAGAGGGCAACUUCUUCUGGAUGGCCAACGGGCGGCCGCUGACCUUCGUCAACUGGAACGCGGGGGAGCCCAACAACUUCCGCUACGAGAACGGGGAAGAGGAGAACUGUCUGGAACUGUGGAACAGAGACGACAAGGGGCUGAAGUGGAACGACUCGCCGUGCUCGUUUGAGACGUUCUUCAUUUGCGAAGUGCGAUCGGAUUAAAUCAGUGGACAGACAUUGGAACGGCCAAGGCACAGGCAAGAGAUCC